UCUACUUAAAAAAAAAAAUAAUAAUCAAUAGGAAAAUAAUUUAAACUUCUUCUAUCCAUAUAAAAAUUUUAAUUGAGGCAAGUACCCUAAAUUAACCCUGUGGUAGGACCGUGAACAAUUUUUGAGUAGUAAUACAGAAAUUAUUUAAAAACGAAUGUUAUCCACUAUUAUUCAACUAUUCCCAAAAACAAAAUAUGGAGGAAGGAGAUUUCAAUUUCAAAUAUAUUUCAGAAGAAGAUUUUAAUAAAACUUACAAAAAAGUCAGUCGCGAUCGACAAAAACAAAGAGAUGAUCAACAUUGGAUCAUUUGUAUGGAAUCAAUYAAAGAUACAGACUCAGACUCAAAAAAAACAUAUACUAUUAAAAAUGAUGCAGAAGUUAAACAAAGUGAACCCUCAUUUAAUAAGUGCAGUAACAAUCAAUUUAGCACACAUGAUCCAGUAAAUUUGUACUCAUUGCAUGAUCUUUUUGAUCUUAAACAUAUACAUGGUCUUAGAAACCGUUUAUUUAGAACAUUUAAUGAGUUUUCUAGUAUUUUAGAGAAUGCUCUUUUGCCACCAGUUUUGAAAAGUCCUAAAAAAAUACAAAUUAAAAUCAAAGAAUGUGAUCAACCAAAUGAUUAUAUAUUUGAUCUAAAUUCACUGAUCUCUGAGAUUAAAAAAGAAUCAAAAAAUGAAGAACUGCACAAAAAAAAUAAUAAGACCACAAGAAAAUUCUUUCAAAUAAAGUUGAUCAAAUGCUAUAAAUUAGCGAUUAAUGCCACAAAGUUAUGUUCAAAAACCUUGGCAGCAGGGAUUUAUAACCCCAUACAAAAAAUAGAAAAAAAAUAUUUAGGGAUAAAACGUUAUGAUUAUGGAAAAAUGUAUAAUCAAAAAAAGAAAGAAAGUUUUGAUUUAGUUCAAAAAUGCAAAGAUUUAGAGAAUAUGUUGGAGGAAUGUGGUUAUAAAGACACAGACAAUGACAAUAAUUAUAGUAAUAAUAUUGAUACCAAUAUAUUGAAUGAGCUUUCUAAUAAAGCUUUAAGUAAACCUAAACACUCAGCCUACUCAAAUCGAUUAAAUAUGUAUAAUGAAGACAAACCAAAAUUGGGAUCAUGUUAUGCUCAGAAAUUGUCAAAAAAAUCAGUUGAAUUAAUAAGUAAUAAAGUUUUAUUAGACAAUGCCAAAACUGCAAUAGAAGAAUAUCCAACUGCUUCAAAAGUAUUGUCGAAUCAAUUAAAAACAACUUGCAAUGUUGGCCUAUACAUAAUUAAAGAAAACAUCUGGAGAAAUUUUCCUAUUAAAAGUAGAUAUAAGGCUCUCUCAAAAUGGAGCUAUUCUAUUAAACAUACCUCCAGGAGAGGCAAAGCAACAUCAUUUAUAUAAACAACAAUCAUUAAAAACAGUACAUGGUUUUAAAAUCUUAUCCAAAGCACUCUCUACUACCUUUACCCAUUAUCCAUGUCGUUAAAAUGCUACGCCAAGCAUGUUUCAUGGGACGAAAAAAAGCAACAUCAAGCAGUUGAGUGAUGUGUGUUGAAUUUUGGGGCAAAAACACAAAUUCAAUAUUAUACUUCGAACAGGCCUUAAUUCCCUCCAUAGUCAAGUGGGUCGAUAAAUUGUCACCAAUUAUUAAUUUUUUACCAGGUAUGUUUCUAACGAACGGUACAACUAUUUUCAGUAACCAAUCUUCAAAACAUUGAACAUCAAACCACCCUGAUUUACUUCUAUUUUACCUAGAAUUUGGAGGUCCUCUCCUGAUCCAAGAAUCGUACAUAUGAAUUACCUUGUAGACCGUGUAAGGUGGUAGGAGUUCUCCAGUUCCAGUACAUGCAAACAUUAUAGAUUUCGAGGCCUUACUCGAAUUCAUUACUCUUUCAGGAUACUUGCACCCUCUUUUAGUAAUAACUUUAACUCAACCUGAGUCAUCGCUCAGAUUCGUUUCGUCGAAGGUAUUUAACUGUAUUUUUUGAUUACAAUAACUAAAUCUUUAUAAGAAGCUUUUCCUAUUAAUAUUAUCUUUAUGUUACAAACAAGAACCAUAGUUUAUUUCUAUAUAAGAACAUUAUUAACAAUGCAUUAAAGCUUCUUUUAAACUCAGUUAAGUUUAUAUUUUUCUAUCUAUUAAAUGUAUUCUUUUAGAGUCAAAAGUACAAAAACGUAGGUAUCUAUAAUUCUAUAUAUCUUAAGAUUUGUAAUGUUGAUUUAACUAAUACAAUUUUUUGUUUUUCUGAAGUAAAACAUUUGCAAUUU